AUGCUACAAGAUAGCGACGACGACGAAAUUGACGAUUACAUUUACGGUGUGCUCGGCUCUUCCUCAGGCGGAAAAAUCCAAGAAAAAAUGGAUGGCUUUCAAAAAAUAUUUUUGGGUUCGGAAAAUGGUGGUGGUGAUGGUGCAGAUGAUGAAAGUAUGGAGUUGAUACGAAAAUUGCAGGCAGAAAAUGCAUUGGAUGAAAAGUACAGUCAAUUCACAAAGUCCAGGGACGAAGAUAUGGAACAGAGAUACAAUGCCUUAAGAAAGGAUCCACCCACCUUCCAUUCUACAUACGAAAAUGGGGAGAGGCCAAAAGGGUCGGUCCCAAAACCACUCGAAACUGACGAUUUGCACGAUGAAAUGGAUGAUUGGUGUUGUAAGACACUUUCUUCGAAAAAAAAAAACCAUGAAAAGUGA